ACAUGUAUAUAUCAUAUGUACAUAUAGGACAACCAUAAAUGAUUUGAGGUAAACAGCUCUCAAUGAUAUAUGCUGGUAGUACUUGUACACGUAAAGCACAGUGGCAAUAAAGUAACAUCAGUGACACUAUCUCGAAAAACCCUUGAGCCUUUUCGAAACGAAUGUCGGCAAUGGCUUCCUGAAUCUCGGCCAUCGCCAUGAUGGACAUUCAGUUCUGUCUUUUAAUAAUCAGCCUGGGAUACCUGUUUGAACCUGUCACUGCAGCUAAUACCACUGUCUACUGCACGCCAACGACUGGAAAACGGCAGACCUGCCGAGCCGACAAAACCAACUGCUGCGCUCUUAAGGACUAUGGCUAUUUCACAUGCUGCGCAGAUAGUGAAUACCACAGGCGAAAGAGUCUGGCAGAGCUCUAUGGAGAGCCAAAUCUGACAGCGACAAUUGUUGGCGGUGUAAUAGGAGGUCUAGUCAUCGUUCUGAUUGUCGUCCUUAUUGUAGUCGUCGGUUGUGCGGACUGCAAGGCACAGUGCAGACGCAAGAGAAAGCCACCCGACUUAGAGCGGCGUAUGUCCCUUCGCGCAGUAGCGACUUCCAGUAGGCAGCUCAUCCAUUCCCACCAACUUUCGCGACAGAAAAUAGCCCCAAUAGAGCAGCCCAAUCGGGCAAGGCCAAGCCCGGACACGCCAGCACAGAACCACGCCCGGCCAAUUUUGCCGUCUUCCAGAUCCCCGAGAUCCAAAGAGCCAGUGCUCGUACCAGCUAACUACCAACCACCGCACUACGAACCACCGGAGAGGGAUUGUGCCGACUACCAAACACCGAAGAUAGAUCGUGCGGACUACCAACCACCGGAGAUGAAUCGUGUCGACAACCAACAAUCGGAGCUGGAUCGUGAGGACCUUCGUCGGCAAGCAAUGUUUAUUUGAGCACGGACAAUACAUGUAUGUACCCGGUCAAAGUGCGAGCCUUUGGAUCGACAUAUUUUCCGUUCUCUUGCGUACCUCUUUACUUUUUCGAAAAUUUGAAAAGUGGUGGCAGUUUGUCCCUAUAUUAAUUAUGAAUCCCCUUUCGGGAUUUUCGCCACUAACUUCAAGCAGCAAUUUUGGGCUUCCUGACAGGUACUGACCAAUCAGAAGAGAGCUAUCAUGCUUGUUCGGCACAGACUGCAUGUCAAGCAGCUAUAUACAAGUAAUUAACAUGUAUAGUGUUCUUGGUAUGCAAUUUUGAAUCGAAUUUCUGACAUACGAACAGAAGUACCUUAGUUUCAAACAGAUGGUUCAAUGAGAAAUAACUAAAUAAUGAUCAAUGA